CCAGUAACACUUGGUACAGGUCGCUGGUCGCCAGACACCGUUCACGUCCACAACAAUCGGUGCACUGCAGGAAAUUUAAGUCUUGAUUAAAAGUUGUCUUCAUGAUUUGUGGCGUGUUAUACACAACCAAGACAUCGACGCUCGUCAUAAAUAUAAUAUUGCUGGCAUUAGUUGUCAUCUCGUGGACGUACACAAUAAUAGCUGGAGUGGCCAUUGCUCGCCGACAACUUCGGGUCAUCGAGUCAUUUGCUGAUCAACAGACUUGAAAAUGGGAAAAGGAAAAGAUAAGAAUUUAGGUAGUCCAAAGAGAAGUGUUGACAGCCCCAAAUCCCCCAAAAUGAGAGGCAUUGACUCAUCUCCUUCUUUUCGGAGGGAACAAUUAAUAAGAAGUGAGCCACUACCACCAAUCAGUGUCACACCAUACCCUUUGUCAACAUCUACAGAGAUGGCGAUGGCCAUGAGUUCAGAGGCACAAGCAUUACAGGAAAGGGUGAAGGUGCUGUCAGAUUUGGUCCAUGAGUUGCAGAAAGCUAGGGAUGACAAUAUUCCUCAUAUGAAUUCCAUUAAUGCACUAGGAGACAAAAUUGUCAUAGAAGAAAAAUUGACUGUCUCAAACCGGACAAAGCUCAAAAUGAUGUAUGAAAAAGGUGUGAGUGAUGCUGAGAAAGAGGUGUCGCUAGUAAAGAAGGCACUCAACACUGUGUAUCAAAUUCGUAACAUCCGUCAUGAUCUUCGCAUACAGGCUAAGAAUUCUGGAAACAAAGAAACUAUCCGUCGUGGUGCCCUGAUGAAAAUGUUGCUGAACUGUGCUCAGACAUUGCCUCUAUGGAUUGGUAAUGCAGGGGAUAAGCCACCUCCCUUAUGUGGGGCUGUUCCUCCAGAACAGAAUUAUGUUGCAAAGGUGAAUGACAUGGUGGCAUGUCUUGUAAGAGGUAGUGAGGGGGAAGAUAAUUGGAUCUUGGCAGAAGUUGUGAGCUACAACACUACCACAAACAAGUAUGAGGUAGAUGACAUUGAUGAAGAACAAAAAGAACGUCACACCCUCAGCCGCCGUCGAGUUUAUCCUCUUCCGUUGAUGAGAGCCAACCCAGAAGUAAACCCUGAAGCUUUGUACCCUAAAGGUUCUAUAGUUAUGGCCCUGUAUCCCCAAACUACAUGUUUCUACAAGGCAGUAAUCAAUCGGCUGCCGACAUUAGCAACUGAAGAAUACGAAGUUUUGUUUGAGGACCCUACAUACGCUGAUGGCUACUCUCCACCACUAAUGGUUGCUCAGAGAUACGUUAUACAGAUUAAGGAAGUCAGCAAAAAGAAAUAAUUUUAGAAGUAAAUAAAAUAUUUGCCAAUAAUCCUGCUUCUCUCGUCCAGCAUUAGAGAAGGAAAUAAGUCAUAUUUAAGUGAUACUAUAUAGUACAGUAUAGCACUUUUUUAAUUAACAUACGUUUACUGACUGUGAGAAGACUGAAUUACAGUAUGCUGUUUAUAGGAAACAAUAUAAUUAUUACUUAAGUAUUUAUAUGAUAUAAAAUGUUCAGGGAAUAGAACUUUAAAGCAUCUAAAACAAAUAAAUAUUACAUUUAAAAA